ACAGUAAAUCAGGAAACUAUAAAAGGAACAUGAGAGGCUGUGGGGAUGACAGAGCAAGAGCUGGAAACAAACAUCAGUGAAGAAUGAAGGCUUUAGUAUGUAUACUGCUGCUGUUGGAAACCUUUGUGUUUGUCGUCCAGCAGCAGGUAGAUGGAGGACUCAAUGAGAAUGAGAUCAGUCAACAGAUCAGCUCUGAGGACGGAAGACAGAAUCCACCUCAAACAGACACUUUGAGAGCUGAAGCUUCAACUGACAGCCAACAAUACUGCAAUCUGGGCAUCCCUGACAUCCAUGCAGCACUGAGAGAACUGACCGCCACCGUUACAGAGCAGAAAGGAAACAUCAGAGAACUGACCGCCACCGUUACAGAGCAGAAAGAAAACAACAGAGCUUUAGAGACACAACUGAGGGAACAACAAACGUUUAUCCUGGAAGAGCUGAACAAGAAAAAUGAAGAAAUUUCAAAUCUUACUCUGAGUCAAGUGGAGUUGAGAAAGGAAAAUAGAGACAGAGAAAUAGCUUUUUCAGCUUCACUGACACAAUCGAACAGUGAAUAUAUUGGUCCUUUUUCCACUGAAAUCACACUAACCUACAGGAACGUCUUCACAAACAUAGGGAACGCCUACAACCCAAUUACAGGUGUUUUCACAGCCCCACUGAAAGGAGCGUACAUGUUCAGAAUCUCUGUAUUUAGUCAUGCCCCAACUGCAUCAGGUGCCUCCAUUUAUAAGAAUGGAGAGAAGGUGGUUAUAGCAUAUGAUAAUCGGCCUCAGAAUGAGUUAAACGCCUCUAAUGGAGUUGUGUUGAUCCUGGAGGUUGGAGAUGUUGUCUAUGUGAGACUUUGGCCAAACUCGAGGAUACAUGAUAGCUAUAAUAACCACAGCACAUUUAGUGGUUUUCUACUGUUUCCCUUAAGAUAACAGGAGCUUUGCAGAAUGUGAUUCCAAUAAUUCUGAAC